UUAUCUCAGGCUUUGCAACUUAAAGUGGUAGGAUUUGUUUUUCUUUAAAAGAUGUCGAGAAAUUUGAGUCUUCCUCGUAAAAAACCUGGAUCAACAAAACCAUCGCCGUACAAACAACGUCUUCAAACCAAUUUGCCGAAGUCCGAUAUAUCAUACGCGUCAAAAUCGUCAACACAAUUAGAAACGCGCGUUAAGAAAACUGGAACUUCUUUUACCGCCACGAACACAAACAUGACCGUGCCACGAUCACCAAAAGCAGAUUCAAACCUGUACGACUUGAUUGACAAUGACUCCAGUACAACUGGCACAAGGCCAGAGGUUCUGUCAAUAGACAGUGACUUUGACAGUGGUAACGGCCUCACAGAGAGCCCUGACCAAGAGGCUUACCCAUUUUCUAACUCAAAGCUUACACACAAAAUAAACUAUGACAGUGAAAAUGAUUUAAAAACUCCAGAGUGUAAUCCAUCUUGGUUGGGCAAAAAAGGGAAUUUGCCCAAUAUAUCAGUAAAUCAUCCAUACUACACACCCCCAACGCACCUUACCACAGCUAUGUCAAGAGUAAACCUAGGAAAAAAGGAUCUCUCUGCUGAGUUGGAGGGAAAAAAGGAUUCGCCCCCUUUAAUUGCACCGGAUCCGGUUACUGGUGGCCACAAUCGUCUGGUGAAAGGAGUUUAUGGUAGAUCGACAGUGAAUGGUCACAGUAAGGCUGUCAUUCCAUCAGUGACGGAAACAGACCGCGAGAGUCACUCUUCGAGAAGCAGCAGUGCUAGUGACAGCCACAGAAACGGGAAAACCUCUGAUGUAGAUCGAGUAGGACAAGAAGAAAUGGAUAUGAAAUUCGCCGACAUUACCCACAUGCAGUUAAAACGGUCUUUGGACCAAAUCCAUGGUGUUAAUAGUGCAAGGUCUGUAAACAGCGGGCUUUCCAACCAAAUUUAUGUUGGUGUACCUAAUGUUGCCGAUGCAUGCUACUCGCAUGAUAUGAAUGGCAACACUCAUUUUUCAAAACCGUGGCGUCAUAAUUCAGCUGGAAAUUACUACCAGCAAGGAGCACCAGCAUAUGACAAUGGUAAUGUGGCAACUCAGCCAAAUAAAUUUGACGCCAUACUCCAAGUAAAAGAUGCAAUGCUUCAAGAGAAGGAAUCAGUGAUUCUGAAACUUCGGUUACAAGUUGCCUCACUUCAGCAUCAGAUACAGGAAGGUGAUGCAGCUCUACGACAGGUGAUGUCAACACAUUAUGGAGGAAUAUCGAAAUCUUCAUCAUCGAGUAGUAACGACAGAUCGCUUGAUCUUGAGACCCAAAGAAAAAUUCAUGAUCUUGAACAAAUGCUUGGUAAGGUUGAAAACAAUCUUGAAGAAACCAAAGCUCAGGCUGCUCGAGAGAAAUCUCACAGUGAAGAGAAAGUUAAGAAACUGGAAAACCUCCUGAAAUCAAGGGAGCACACUCUUACAGAAGGCAGCAAAAAGUACAAAGUGUGCACUGAGCGGUUAGAGAAAUAUAAAAAACGUGUUGAAAGUUUAGAACGAUACCUUGGUGGGCUACCUACUGUUGAAGAAAGCAAUAAACUGAAGACUGAAGCCGAUAUCUUGGGUGUUGAACGUGAAAACAUGAUUGUAGAGAUAAAUAAAAUAAAAGAUAAACUGGAAACAAAAACAAAAGCACUCAAAGAGAAACAAAACGAACUUGACAAAGAAAUGGAAAAAUCAUCCCAUCUUGAAAGGGAAGUUCAAAAAUUGAAAGAAGAUGUUUUAAAGUUAGAAAAGUCCAAAGUGGAAUUAGGAUCAAGUGAACGAGAUCGUCUUGAGGACUUGGAGUUUGAGAUUGUUCGAUUAAAGAAGGAGAAAGAAGAUGCAGCGAGGAUGCUCUCUGCCUCGGAUAGAAGAGCUAAACAACAGCAGGAGCGACUCCAGGCUGAGGUGGAGAACCUAACACAGCAACUUUCGGAAGGAGAAGAAAGAAUUGAAACAUUAAGGAAAGAUAUGCUCAUGAAACAACAGACAGCCAACAAGGUGCAUACUGCUAUGAUGAAUCUAUCUUCACAAAACCAGCAACUUAUGGAACAAAAACUAACUUUACAAGACAAGGUUAAAGUGUUAGAAAAGGCGCAGGGCAAUUUUAAAGACGAGGCAGUCGCGUGUGCAAGAUUACAUCGUGAAACCUUUGCCGCUGUUCAGGAUAUUAAAGCUGUUUCACAAGUUCUCAUCCAAACAGCUGAAGGCAACGACCCGAACCUAUCUGCGUUGCUUGGGGUUACCACUGAACCGAAUGAAGACUCUGUGAAUAAAUUAACCGACGCUAAAACGAGCGUCGAACAAACCAACAGGAAAAUAAUCGAGGUUCGUAAACUGCGGCAAGACAUUGACGAACUACGAACCAUUAUUUCGAACCGGUACGCUGAAAGCAUAGGUGAUAACUGCACGACGCAUUGAAGGUGCUUUGUUGUUGGUAUGAAUUAUACCUGCUCGCGCGCUCAGGUUGUUUUAUCAGUAUAAGUAUGGUAUUGCCUUAAACCUUUAAAAAAAACUGUUUUCUAAAAAUCUUUUAACGACAACCCGGUUCAACCCCUAAGCACAAGCGUCCAUCAGCACAUACCUCAAUUACAAAGACAUUGUGGGAUGUUAUUACGAUUGGCUUCGGCCAACUCCGCAGGGGAUUAGAGCCUUGGCCACAUCGUUUGUGAGUUAAUGUCAUUAAGCGACACGAUGUCUCUGCAUUAUCAUCACCCUGCCAACCUCGCAUGAAAUCUCAAUUGCCAACAAUGCUCUUCGUGUUUAAGUCGAAAUUCCCAGAGUUUACACAAUAUUAUUUAUAUAUCUAAUUGCACAAAGCAUUCGUACACAUUGUAGAUCGAUCCGGCGCUGUAUAUCAUAGCUUAUAAAGCACACAAAACAAUAUCUCCUUAAUUUUUAAAGUGUUUAAGUACAACACAACUAUAUAAAGCACAGAAAACAAUAUAUUCUUAUUUAUAUUAUAUUUAUAGGUGCUUGUUCCAAUAAAAAAGGUUAUAUCGAGUUUUAAUUCUAAUUAUCAAGUGUCUUAUGCCCGCGUGUAUACAUCUGAGUGCUGCUAUAUGGUCGGUGUUAAAUAUUGUUAUUUCUAUAUUGCAUCACUGUGGUUAAAUACCGCGAAGUGAUAUGUGCUUUUACUUUGUACCGUUAUUUCAAUACAGAGAUUUAUGUACAAGAA